CUCAUAAGACAGUGGCUGGGACACCGCCACAGUGAUGUCGGCCCCCGGACCGUUCAUGAUUUAUCGACAUCCAAAACAACUUUUCUCCAUCCAACCCCACGAGCUCUUAUAUGAACCCACAAAAGAGAGGGAGAUCAUCUUCGUUGUCGUCGUUGUCAUCCACGGGCUCCGCUCUCGUCCCCGCGACAGCUAAGAAGAGAGCCAAGGUCGAGACAAGAGAAUGUCCUAUAUGCAAAGAACAUAUACCCCUACGACUCCUUGCUAAGCACUCUGAUUUUGAAUUUCAACGCGUCGAGAAGAUUAUUCAGAGCGUUGGGUCAACAGAUGUCCUAGCUGCUGAGUUUGAGGAAGGGUCUAGCACAUCAUUUUUGCGUAGAAAGUCUGCUGUUCGUGCACAAAAGUCCUUUCAAUCCAAAGAUACCGAUGUGCAAACUACCAAGAUACUGCAGAAGAUCAGACGAAACCGAAAGCGGCGUCAUGCUGGACUGAAGGAAAUGACGAGAGAGGAUGAGGAGAGUUACUUGCAUGCUUCCCGUCGGGGAAGGCAAUCUUGUGGAGAAAUUGUGUGUCCUGUUUGUCUGACGACGGUGACAGGAGAUGAGGACGUUUUGGACGCGCAUGUCGAUGCAUGUUUGGCAGGCGAAGCCCGGCGGAUGGAUGAAGAGAGAGAGCAGAAGGAGAUGCUCCGGAGAGAAGAGGAAGAAGAUGAGUGGGAAGACGAAGGACCAAUUAUUGGGAGCGUUAGAGGUACUGGCUUUCACACACGCAAUAGGAACGAGCAAGACAUAGAGGAAGACAUUGACAUUGACGGCGACGAUGAAGCAUUCGGGUGUCCUCAGUUUACAGAGGGCGAUAUCCUGGGUCCGGCACCCGCACCUGAAAUUGAAGUGGACGUAGACAUCGAGAACGAGGGGCACGGUAGUGUUGCGACGACGUUACGGGAUUUGGUGGCUGAGGGUAAGGUCACGAAAGGGAAGGAGAAAAUUCAUGGGGGUCUGGAUGCGGUGAAGGCCAAGAUGGACGAGGUCAUGGGCGUUGGUGAAGCCGAUAGAAUGGACCGUGCGAUUUUGACGGCCAGGCACUCGAGUAACCGUCCAGCGUUGAUCAAGGCAUUGGAGGAGAAGGUCACAUUUUUGGAGGCAACUAGAGUUUCUUCAUCGACAUCACUGCUCUGUCGUAUCUGUCUAGACCCGUACAACGAACCCACGGUGUCGACGGGAUGCUGGCACACCUGUUGUCGUGAAUGCUGGCUUAGGUGUUUAGGGUCUACUAAGCUCUGUCCUAUUUGCAAGCGGAUUACUGGUGCUACAGACCUGCGGCGAGUGUAUCUCUAGUACUUUUAUGUAUAUUGUAUACAGAUGGCAUUGUGUAGCCGAUACGUUUUGCUUUUCAUUCGACUAGCCUAUCUGUUGAAAGGUCAUGGCUAUCCUAGGCCCUGUGUGCCCGCUUC